AUGCAGCUCACCUGGACCCCCAGCCCGGUCUCGGACGAGAAGGCCUUUGCAGCCAUGAAGGCUGCCACGGACGCAGGCGCGACUGCCUGGUCCAGCGCGACCUUUUACGGUAACCCGGGCCACCAAAUGGACAACAUUGCCCUCAUUGGCCGUUUCUUCAAAAAGUACCCAGAGUACAAGGACAAGGUCUCCCUUGUGAUCAAGGGUGGUGUCGACGAGAGCCUGCAUCCUAUCAACGACCUCGAGGCCAACCGCGCCCUCCUCAAGGAGACCCAGGAGCUCCUCGGUGCCGACGUCCCCAUCAGCGUCUACCUCCCCGCCCGCCUGGACCUCGCGCAGGGCAAGGCCGACCCCGUCAAGUACAUGGCGCCCUUUGACGAGCUGCGAAAGGAAGGUCUCUUUGGCGCCCUCGGCGUGUCCGAGGUGCGCGUCGAGACCCUCGAGAAGCUGGCUACCGCCUACUCGCUCGCCGUCGUCGAGAUUGAGGUGUCACUCUGGUCGUACGAGCAGGAGAUCCAGGACGUGAUCGCCUGGUCCACCAAGACGGGCACGCCCGUGUUCGCGUACUCGCCGCUCGGCCGUGGCUUUAUCACACGCACGUACAAGACCCCCGAGGACAUUCCCGAGGGCAGCUUCCAGCGCUACGUGCCCCGCUUCCAGGGCGACGCGUUCUACCACAACCUCAAGCUCGUGGACCAGCUCGACGCCAUUGCCGCCCAGCGCAACCUCACCACGGCCCAGCUGGCGAUUGCCUGGGUCGCGUCGCGCGGUCCCAACGUCAUCCCCAUCCCCGGCUCGUCUAACCCCGAGCGCGCGCAGCAGAACGUCGAGUCGGCCAGCAUCGAGCUCUCGCCCGAGGACACCAAGGCCAUCGACGACAUGCUCGCCCAGUUUGACCUCAAGGGCGGUCGCUACCCUGCCGCCGCGUCUGACCACCUCAUGAUCUAA